GCUUUUUUACUUCCAUCCGCGCAGCUUCCUCGACAUGAUGUCCGACGUCGAGUACUUGAGGAGUCAGCUAUCUGAGCACCCUGAUUUCCCGAAGAAGGGCAUAGUGUUCCUGGACAUCUUCCCUAUCCUACGGAAUCCCGUCGCUUUUGAGACGCUCAUCACACAUCUUGUUCACCACUUGACUUCUCACACGAUUCCAAACUCUACGUCCAAGAAAAUCGAUGUAGUCGUCGGGCUCGAUGCACGAGGGUUCCUCCUCGGUCCCAUCAUAGCACUUAGACUUGGUGCAGCAUUCGUACCCGUACGGAAAAAGGGUAAACUUCCCGGGCAAUGCGUGAGCGCUUCGUACGAGAAGGAGUACGGCGUAGAUGUGUUCGAGAUGCAAGCAGAAGGAAUACAGCCAGGCCAGACGGUAGUCGUCGUAGACGAUCUCAUCGCCACAGGUGGUUCAGCAAAAGCCGCUGGAGAGCUCGUAGCGAUACAGGGAGGCAAGACCCUGGAGUACCUUUUCAUCAUAGAGCUGGCUUUCCUCAAAGGAUCCGAAAAGCUCGAUGCCCCGGUAUAUUCAAUUAUCCAAAGCGAUGAUUAGAGUUUUGGGAUGCCAUUCAUACCAUUAACCUUGUAUUCAAUAACGGAUGGCCAUUUAGAUACAACACCCUAUUGGCGUCAUCGUAAACCUUCAGCGUCUUUGCUUGAUGACGCCCUUCCAUGGGGAUCGAAAACCCUUCAGGAUCAACCGCGACCAUUAGUUGACCCAUGCCAUGCAUCUCGGCUCUUUCCAGCAUGUCCAGGAUAUUCUCGCCUGCCGAUUUCUUGAGAACUACGAUUACGACCUCGUCCAAGGAUGUCCCGGCAGCCUCAAUCUCAGCUUGAUCAGCGGAAGGGUUCAAGGGGAGUUCGUCGUCACUGAUCACAACAACUCCCGAGGCUCCCGCAGCCUGUGCGUGAAGCAGUUUCUCCAAGAAAGUACAUCCUCCUCGGUCAACGAGUAGUGCAUGGUCGUCGUAUUGUCGAGCGUAGGUGUGGCAACCGAAGGCGUUCAUACGAUCACGGGAUACUCGGACGCCAUGGCCAUGGCCAAACCGAAUCGGAUGCCCGCCCUCGGUGGAGACCCGUGGAUCUGCUCCGAAAAGAGCUGUGUAAGCUGUGACGAAAGACUCGUCUAUCAAUUCGGGCAUAGCCACUUGUCCGACGAGUGUAGGAUCCACUGCAUUUACGAAGAAUCGCAGGUGGACG